GCGCCGGCGUCGUGGUGCUUGGGCGGUCGCCACUGAGAGGACUUUGGUGGGGCAGUCUCGGGACAGCCCGGCGGCCCUCUGCGCUCGCCUUGGAUCUGUGUCCCAGCCUCCGCUCCUCAUUUCGCAGGCCGCACCGUAACGCGAGCGUGCGCGUCCGCGUCGCGGCGGCCUUGGGACCUGGGUCCAGCUGCAGCCUCCUCCACCGCAGCGGGCUCGGAGGGGCGGCGAGAUGCAGCCGCCGGGCCCGCCCCCGGCGUAUGCCCCCAGUAACGGGGACUUCACUUUUGUCUCCUCAGCUGACGCGGAAGAUCUCAGUGGUUCCAUAGCAUCCCCAGAUGUCAAAUUAAACCUUGGUGGAGAUUUUAUCAAAGAAUCUACAGCUACUACAUUUCUGAGGCAAAGAGGGUAUGGCUGGCUUUUGGAAGUUGAAGAUGAUGAUCCUGAAGAUAACAAGCCACUCUUGGAAGAAUUGGAUAUCGAUCUAAAGGAUAUUUACUACAAAAUUCGAUGUGUUUUGAUGCCAAUGCCAUCACUUGGUUUUAACAGACAAGUGGUGAGAGACAAUCCUGACUUUUGGGGUCCUCUGGCUGUUGUUCUUUUCUUUUCCAUGAUAUCAUUAUAUGGACAGUUUAGGGUGGUCUCAUGGAUUAUAACCAUUUGGAUAUUUGGUUCACUGACAAUUUUCUUGCUGGCCAGAGUUCUUGGUGGAGAAGUUGCAUAUGGCCAAGUUCUUGGAGUUAUAGGAUAUUCAUUACUUCCUCUCAUUGUAAUAGCUCCAGUACUUUUGGUGGUUGGAUCAUUUGAAGUUGUGUCUACACUUAUAAAACUGUUUGGUGUGUUUUGGGCUGCCUACAGUGCUGCUUCAUUGUUAGUGGGUGAAGAAUUCAAGACCAAAAAGCCUCUCCUGAUUUAUCCAAUCUUUUUAUUAUACAUUUAUUUUUUGUCUUUAUAUACUGGGGUGUGAUCCAAGUUCAGUCAUGAGUAGAAAAAGACAAUGUUACAUUUGUAUGUAGGCUGGGAAUUCUUGCUGAAGGGAUUGGAAAAAAACGUUGCUGGUAAACUUUCACGUUUGAGAUGAAAAGGAAGGUUUAAGAUCUUUUUACAACUAUUUUUUGUAUGUAAUUAAGCAGUUACAGUUAUCUGGGAUUUUUUGGUCAGAAUUCUAAACUGUUUGAUUCUUCAUAUUCCAGUGAAUAAAAUAUGAAAGCAUUGUGUUUUUAAGAUUGUGUUAAUAUUCACCUAAAAACUUGUGCCAAAAGCACCUGACUCGGCAAUUGUAUUUCACUUGAAGGAUAAAUUUGACAGCAUCCUGAUAAUCUAAAAGUGCAAUGUUUUUUUUAACGAGUUUUCUCCUGCAUCACAGAUCCUGUAGAUAUAUAUUUAUAUUUAUACAUAUAUAUUUAUGAAAUAAUUCUUAUUAUUCACAAAAUAUAUUUCUGAAUAGCCUAAAAAUUAAAAUAUGAUGCUUAAACUUUUCUUCAAUUGGCCAUUAAUCUUUUUUAUUUAAAAUUUAAAAUUUGUUUUUUAAAUUGUAUGUAAUUUUUAAAAUAAUAGCUGCUGAUGUAGACUUGAUUUGUGAAAGUAUGCUUUUAAAAACCAUUUUGAAUGUCUUAAACAUCUGACUUAAAGUUUCUGUUUAUCUUUCUGACCAAAGGAACAAGAGCAUAUGGCAUUCAUUAAAGUUAUUAAUAUAUAGAAAAACAAUGAUAUUUAUAGCAUCAGUAAAUAUUUUUAAGUGAUACUCCUAAAUCAGAGAAGUACGGGAAAAAGACAUAAAAUCUUGUGGUCCUGAGCAAUGUUAUAUGAAGUAGAAAAAAAUAAAAUGUUUCCCAGCUGUGUGUUUUGUUUUAUAA